CCCAGAUUUAGAUGUCAGAAAUCGUACUGUGCUCUUUGAUUUUAUGAUUUUGUGAUUAGGAUUUACGAUUGUGAUUAUUUGUUGUUUUGGUACAUUUGAUAUAGUAGGACGAAUAAUUUUGUUUGUGUGUAAAGAUGUCGAAAGAUACCCACAUUGAUAGGGAUUUAGAUUUAUCUAAUGCAAAUCGAGGUGUUUGGUUGGUUAAAGUGCCAAAAUAUGUUGCUAAUCGUUGGGAAAAAGCCCCUAAUGACAUGGAAGUUGGCAAGCUAAAGAUAACAAAGCAACAGGGACAAAAACCACAGGUUUCAUUAACAUUAUCCUCUGCAAUUUUGAGUAUUAGUGAUGCAGCAAAUGAAAAUAUACCAAAGGAUCAUCGGUUAGAUGUUUCUACUGUUACUCAACAAACAUUGGGAGUUUUUUCUCAUGUUAUACCAACAAAUACUGAUUCUGUAGUACCAGAGACAGAAAAACUAUAUAUGGAAGGCAAAAUCGUUCAAAAGUUGGAAUGUAGACCUUAUGCUGAUAAUUGUUAUAUGAAGCUUAAGUUAGACUCUAUUAGAAAGGCCUCUCUGCCUGCUAGAAAAGUGAAACAGUUAGAUAGAGUUGUUCAAUCUUACAAACCUGUCUCAGAUCAUAAAAACAAUAUUGAGUAUAUGGAACGUAAGAAGGCUGAAGGUAAAAAGGCUCGUGAUGAUAAAGAUGCCGUGUUGGAGAUGCUUUAUGCUGCAUUUGAAAAGCAUCAGUAUUAUAAUAUUAAGGAUUUAGUUAAGAUCACUAAGCAGCCAAUAACUUAUUUAAAAGAAAUUUUAAAGGAAGUUUGUAAUUAUAAUUUAAAAAACCCUCACAAAAAUAUGUGGGAGCUUAAACCGGAAUAUAGACAUUAUAAACAACCAGAAAGCGAGGCGAAAAAAGAAGAUUCAGAUGAUGACUAGAGAUUGUCAUUAAAUUAUUGAGACAAUUAUAAAUUUGAAAUAUUUGUACUAUAAAGAAAUGUUUUAUAUUUAUUUAUAAGAAAUAUAUCUAGGCUAGAAGGCAGAUCACAUGAUAUUUAUAUAAAUAAAUUAUUCACCCU